CUAUUAGUGGCUUAAUUAAUUAACCUAAACGCUCGCCCGUGUUUUCAUUAUUCAGGUUUAAGGUCAGUUAGCCUUCAUCCCCCACUAGCCCUCUCUCUCCUGCUCUCUGUCUCCGUCUCUCUCCCGCUGCCGAUCAGCGCCUGCUGCUGUCUCUUUAUGUUACUGUUCUCAGUGAACGGAGAAACUCCACAGAGCUCCCUGCAGCCUCAGCCACAGAAACUCGUUUUUUUUUCUUGUAACUUUAACGCCAGUUGCGAGCGCGUCUGAGCGAAUACGCUUUGUUAGCUCACCAAAUUAGCCGACAGUGAGUCAUACGAGGCAAGCGGUCGGAACUUGAAAUAUGACGGUAGGCAAAAUGGGAGGAAAGUCGUUGCUAGCUUACUGAAGUUGGAGGUUCUCCUUGUGGAAGAGGAAGAGGUGGCGGCGGACACCACGAGUUCACUCUCACAAUAAAAGGAGUGAACCCAGCCUUCCAACAUACCUCCUCCUCCCUUUCAGUGGGCUAAGAUGAGUAUUACCAGUGACGAAGUGAACUUCUUGGUCUACAGAUACCUCCAAGAAUCAGGUUUCUCCCACUCAGCAUUCACCUUUGGCAUUGAGAGCCACAUCAGCCAGUCCAACAUCAAUGGAACACUAGUGCCCCCUGCAGCCCUCAUCUCCAUCCUGCAGAAAGGGCUUCAGUAUGUGGAGGCAGAAAUCAGCAUCAAUGAGGAUGGUACAGUCUUCGAUGGUCGGCCGAUCGAGUCGCUGUCGCUCAUUGACGCAGUCAUGCCAGAUGUGGUGCAGACGCGGCAGCAGGCCUUCCGCGACAAGUUAGCCCAGCAGCAGGCGGCCUGUACGAUGGCAGCUUCAACCUCUGGAAACCAGUCCAACCCACCAAAGAAUGGAGAAGCCACUGUCAAUGGGGAGGAGAACGGCACUCACAACAUGAAUAACCACAGUGAGCCCAUGGAGAUGGAUGUAGAUGUGGAGAUACCAGCCAGUAAAGCUACAGUACUCCGAGGCCACGAGUCUGAAGUGUUCAUCUGUGCCUGGAACCCUGUCAGUGAUCUGCUGGCCUCAGGCUCGGGGGAUUCCACCGCGAGGAUCUGGAACCUGAACGAGAAUAAUAACUCCAACUCCACCCAGCUGGUGCUGCGCCACUGUAUCCGAGAAGGUGGCCAAGAUGUCCCCAGCAACAAGGACGUCACCUCACUGGACUGGAAUAGCGACGGCACUCUCCUGGCAACGGGCUCGUAUGAUGGAUUCGCCAGGAUAUGGACAAAGGAUGGGAAUCUGGCAAGCACCUUGGGGCAGCACAAAGGGCCCAUAUUUGCACUCAAGUGGAACAAGAAGGGGAACUCUAUUCUCAGUGCUGGUGUAGAUAAGACGACAAUCAUUUGGGAUGCACACACAGGAGAAGCCAAGCAGCAGUUCCCUUUUCACUCAGCUCCAGCACUGGAUGUUGACUGGCAGAACAAUACCACCUUUGCCUCCUGCAGCACAGACAUGUGCAUCCACGUGUGUCGCCUUGGCAGCGACCGGCCCCUCAAGACCUUCCAGGGCCACACGAAUGAAGUUAAUGCCAUUAAGUGGGAUCCGUCGGGUAUGCUGCUUGCCUCCUGCUCAGAUGACAUGACCUUAAAGAUUUGGAGUAUGAAGCAGGAGUCCUGUGUCCAUGACCUCCAAGCUCAUAGUAAAGAGAUCUACACUAUCAAGUGGAGCCCCACAGGGCCCGGCACAAACAACCCCAACUCCAACAUCAUGCUCGCCAGUGCCUCUUUUGACUCGACGGUGCGACUGUGGGAUGUCGAGCGAGGUGUUUGUAUUCACACGCUGACCAAGCACCAGGAACCUGUCUACAGCGUGGCCUACAGCCCCGACGGCAAGCACCUGGCGAGCGGCUCCUUUGAUAAAUGUGUCCACAUUUGGAACACCACGACUGGAGCCUUGGUGCACAGCUACAGGGGCACUGGUGGUAUUUUCGAGGUGUGCUGGAACAGCACUGGGGACAAAGUCGGUGCCAGCGCGUCAGACGGCUCAGUAUGUGUUCUUGAUCUCCGAAAAUAGCGGACUGGAGACUCACACGAUGAAUCCUGGAAUGUGCAGCAAAUUGCCUUCUUCUGACAUCAGCAAACAAACUGUCAUUGUUCGAGAAGAGCUGUGAGGUGCAGUGAAAGAAAACCUCUCACAGGAGGAAAACCAGUUUACUGCAGCAGCUGCCGAGGAGCCAACACCAACUGACUUCAGUGCACCUUACAGUUUGUUGAUGUGUGUUUUAUGAUACGCCUAUUUGAAACACAAUGGAAUCUGGUUGAGAGAUCCCCAAGACUGGACUAAAUCCAACUCCCUGGGUGCAUCCAUGUUUUAAAAGGUUUCUAAUGAGGAAGUGCUGUGAUCCCUCCGGGCCACUGGUCCAGCUGUUAUCGGGUUGAAAGGGUGGAAACACAAAGAUGAGUUUUAUACAAAGAGAAAAGUGUUAAUGAGACACACGUGUUUGGCUGUGAAAGGCAACAACUAAUGAGAGAAAGGUUGUGGUUUUAGAAUUCCUCUGAGCAAAUGUUACUUCACGUCCAAAUGAACUAACUGAGGGUCGUGGUAAAAGUAACAUCGAUACUGAAGCACUGGUAUUGUCUGUUGACAGGGUGCUGAACUUUCUUCUCAGUGGAGAAUAGUCUGUUUCAAGAGUACUUCUUGCUUCUUCUUUUUUUGUGUCUAUUUUCCACAGGUGGACUUUUGAAAGUCAAAAUUGAAUGUGCCGCUACAAGGUUAGUUCUUAGCUCACGUUUAACAUCAGGUCAACAAAAGGAAAACCUGCCAAGAAACAGUCCUAACCUCCUAAAAUGACCUGCUCACUCAAUUCACUCGAGAUUAGAAAAUGUCAUUUUGUCGACAAGAUGUGAAAAGUGUGGUUUACAAAGAGAAUUUUCUCCCUUUUUGGAUGUAAAUUUCAGAAUGUAAAGAUAUGUAAAUUAGAUUAAUACACAGACUUAUAUACUGUGUAUAUAUGUUUAUAUACAGUACACUAUAUUGCCAUCCUGUAGGGCUCAUUAAUGGCUAGAGCUGUCACAUCUUCGCUGACAAUACGUGACGAGACCUCUUUUGAAAUGAAGUGCAUGUCUCAUCAGCUUCUUUUAAUACAGUCUUUUUCAACUGGGCCACAUCCAACGCAUCAAAUGAUUUUGUUUUUGGCGUUGACACGUAUGUGUUAAGCAGCCUUGCUCUCCACUAUUGUUCCCUGAAAGCCGUGGAAGAAAUGUGCACCUCAUUCACCUGCAUUCAGGGACUUCUCUGGUCAACAAUACGGGAGGGAACAGUCAUCACAGUCCUUUGUUUGGUUUCUGCUUUAACUUUGUGUUGUAUGUGGAACAGGGCAUCACAGGAUCAAUGUUAAGAGUAUCAUGCAGGAAAGUGGGAAUAACAACUACAGCUUAAUCCGCAUUACCAUGGUUCCUCUUUGGCACUUUCCUCUGAACGCUCUACUGAAAAUUCAGAGCACAUUUUGGCCAGAAGGUUGAGGUCAAGCCUCAAAGCCUCAAAAAGUCCUGCUGUUGCUAAAAAACCAACCAAACAAACAAGCAAAAGAGCCAAGAUUGGUCCUGUUAAGUUCUACCCAGCGCUGCCAGCUGAUCCGAUUCGGUCAGAUUUGAAAUGCCGGUGUCGUGGGCCGAGCUUAAGCAGUGCAUAGUAAGCCUGCCUCCUUCUGCUCACUGGGAUCUCAUGUAAAAAGAUCUUCAAACUAACUCGCCACCACUUUGAUUUGCCUUUUUUUUCUGGUUACUUUCCUCUGGUUCUAAUGGGUGGUUCAGCGAAUGUUCAGAUUUUGCUGAAAGUGAAGGGCCAAUGCUUUUAGUUUGUUUUUCUUUUUUUCCCCCCUCUUUUGUUUUUAUGUCACAAUUGGAUGUUAAUGGGUGGUUCAUUGUUUUCUGACUUUUUCAUUUCAGAGCCAUUAUUGUCUGUGUCAGACUGAGUUUGGGCUGUGGGUUGGUGGCCAUUCUUGGCAUGCUAAGGAGCCCAGUAUGGAAUAAGUGCUGUGACAGCUAAUAUCUCUCUUGCAUCCUGGUCCAGGGUGCGGUCACCUGUUCCCAAGACAAAACGUUGAAGUCAUUCAGUGUCUCAAAUAAAUCACUCUAUUUUGAUAUCAGAAACCACGGAGACUGUGUGAAUCGAGUGUUUUUCUUAGCUCAGCAGUGUUUUGUUUGACAUUGCUAUGCAACGCUGUGCAACCACUCAAAAGACAUUAAGAAAGUUUCACCAACAAAACCUUAAGAAAUAUUUUGGAUAUUUAAUAUCGUAUAAAAUAGAUGUGUGCAAAAAUACAAGAUGGACAGUUGGGAAUACAGUAACUACGUUACAUCCUGCUGGCUUCGGGAGCUUAAUGGCAAGAGUGCAUAUGACAAAACCUGUGCACAUCUAGUUCAGUGAAUUUACUGGGAGAAAUCUUUCCUCAAGCACGUAAGGCACUUUUAAAAGUCAGCCCGUGAGUUAUUAAUAAGAAAAAGUCAUGUUUGUUCUGUUGACUGACCGCUACAAGACACGCUGCAGCAGCUCUGGGACUGUUCAGCUGCUGUACAGUUGAUGUAACACUACACUGUGCUGCAGACAGAUUUAAAAAGCCUAGGCAGAAAUAAAAGGCUUGGAAUCAGUAAUUAGACUUAUUCUGUCAUGAAAUCUCAUGACCAGUUAAUAUCUGAGAAACGACACAAUAGAGGCUAAGAGGAGACAAUCUAAAACAAAAGAACAGUGUCACACAGGAGAAGUGGUAGAGGGAGGCGGGUUGUUGAUCACCCCAGCUAGUGCCUCACAGAGUUCUCCAAGGAUUCUCCAUCAGCGUCUACAUCCUCAUAGUCUCGUAGCUCGCUGGAAAUGUGGAUUUCAACUGUACUAGACUCUGAACCUAGCAAGACAAAAUAGGGGUAGAUUACUGGGUGUUACUGCACAUGACACCUUCACAGCUGAUCAAACUGCUCAUCUACUGAGAUAUUCACAUAUUGCAAAUGUGUGCACUGAUUCACAAAUGUAUUUUGGGAAUUUUAGGAACAUAUGUCCUGAAAAUGCAGUUUUUUAAUAGGGAUUUUUUUUAAUGUGUUGAAUUUUAG